CUCAGCUAUAAGUCCCGCCAUCUCGCUGUGUCAACGUAGUGCGAUCCUUUCUCGCUCAUAGUUUGUGUUUCCUUAAUGCGUUUUUCGCUUAACGUGGAACUUUUCACGAACGCGGUCACCGCGUUAAACGAGGACUUGCUGUUCAUGUAAUUCGUUGCCGUGUUUUUUUUGGUGGACUUUCGUUUUUAUCUGCGCCCUCGUGUUAACCUGACAAGUUUUAUACAGUUAAUUACGUACUAUUUGCAUCGCAUCCGAAGUUCAUUAAAAGUCGCGAGAUUAAUCAUUAAACGUGGUUCCACGAAAUACACAGUCGUGUGCGGUACUCAAAACCACCAUACAAAUUUCAACGCAGUCACGUCUCAUGAAGUUGGGGCCACCAGUCAGAAUAAAAUCGAUACAAUAUUAAUAACGACGCCACGAUGUCCGCGUCUGAGAGGGAUCAAGCAGAUAGCGACUCCACUGCUAGCCUGAUGGAGUGCUCGUACGACGAAGACAAAUGGGACGAGACCCACCUCCGGCGUGUGCAGGAUGGUAGCAGCACCAGAGAUGAGAUGAUGGGAGAAGUGGCUGGAAUAAUCACACGUGGAGAUGCAGAAAGGCUCUCUCCGGUGAUCGCAGUCGUGCCCAAAAUAAAAUUAAACAUUCAGCACUGGGGACUCGAGACUAACCCUUCAGCGCCCGCCAUGGAGGUUAAGCCUUUUAUUAUAUUUUUUUCUGAUUGUGUUGCAUAUUCAUGUAAUCACAGAAAAGAUGGUAACAUGUUCAAUUAUUCACAGGAAAUGGAAGAGGAAGGGUUUUCCCAAUCUCUCUUUGAUGAAAUCAUUUCGAAGAAAAAUGUACAUUCUUCUGAAGAAGCCAAAGUCUUGGUGGGAGUUGGUGAGGGCAUGAUAAUUAAACCCCCCAGUGACAGAGAAGAAGUUGUACAGCAGGAAAUGGAACCAGAUUAUGAAGAUUCUGAAAUCAGCCUCAUAUCUGGAAAUGUGGUGUCAGUGUAUCGCCCACUGGCACAUACUUCUGAAAGCUCAGCUGCUGAAGAGGAAAGUCAAACCAUGCUCCAGGCUGGAGAUUGUAUUGCAACCAAAAAAUUCAAAGAUUCCCACUAUUCUUCGCACACCUCUCCUAUUAGUAUUAGAUUUGGGGUUUCCGUCCCAGCUGAAGACCUUCCUGCAGUGAGCAUUUCAUCAGAGAGUGCUCCAAACACAUUUUCGUAUAAUUGCACACCCAACGAUGUUUUUUCCAAAGUUGAUAUAUCGAAUAAAGUGUCCGAUGUCCUUGGUUCGAGUGAGAGUACCCCAAGUGAUAUCGCUGCCCUGCCUACAAGACCUAAGAACAUAUCGAUCACCCAGAAGGAGAGCAAGGAGAGCUCUAUGACAGUAACGGAUUCAUCAGACAAAGCGAUUGACACUUUGAACACGAUUGACGUUGAUUCUAAAACCUUCGCGGCUACAUUACCAUUAGUGACCAUCUGGAAAGAGAUGAAAAUUAUAUAUUUGGAAGACGCAAUUGAAACUAAUGUGCCAAAGAAUAAAUAUAAUGAGAAAUUGAGAACAUGUGCAAAAUACAAAGAAAGAACUGAUAGCUGCGCUGAAAAUCCUGGAAAUAUUAAAGUGGAUGAAGUUACUUCUUGCUCAAAGACGACAUCGCCACUGAGUUGUCAGGAAGACACCAUUGCUGAUGAUGCCUCAAACACCUCUUGUUCAUUAGAUGUGCUGUGUGGCGAGCAUACUGCAGGACAAAUUACUGAGAAUAAUGUAGAGAGCUGCAGUGUUGAAGUGUUGCUGGAUUCAACAGAAUACUCAAAUUUCGAUUUACAAUUUCCACCCGAAGUGAGAAAGUCGUCACGGUUGGCAAGAAAGUGGAAAGAUGGCCCACCAACUUUUUUCUGGAGAGGAGUCAAAAAUAUCAAAAGAGAGACACCAGAUAACUACGUGAACGUGUGCAACAUUAAAGGAGAGACGCAACUUCAUUUUGCAGCAUUGAAAGGUCACUUGUCAAAGGUGAAAUCUUUGAUUCAGAGUGGAUCAGACGUCAAUGCUCCGGAUUAUGCAGGUUGGACGCCACUGCAUGUAGCGAGUACUCAUGGGUUUGUGAAUGUAGUUCUGGAAUUGGUCAGAGCCAAAGCAAGGGUUAAUUGCCGUGGCUUGGAUGACAUUACCCCUCUGCACGACGCUGCCAAGUGUGGUCAUUGGAAGGUGGUGCAGUGCCUGCUAGAGAAUGGCGCAGACCCCCGGAUGAAAAAUGCUCACGGCAAAACCGCCCUCGAGUUGUGUCAAGGUGCCAGGGUGCAACAUCUGCUGAGUAGCUGGGCUAAAGCACAGUGCGCCGAUGGUGACCAAACGAGAUUACUCGUGGACGAGCCAGCCCGUUGCCCUGCAGGUGAAGCAAGUAAUGAGCCAGUGACUGCCUUUAGGGGAAGUCACUGCCCUGAUAGUGGCAGCAAAUCUGCUAGCGAGGUAGACAUCAGACAGAGCUGUGAUGUGGCAUUGAAGGACCACUGUCCAGAAGGGAAGAAAUAUCCAAUGAAACCAGGAAGGAAGAAAGGACAAGGACCUUCAAGUGAUAAACAGCUCCAUCUCAUUCAGGUAUUUAAGGAGGCUAUAAAAGAACUUGACGAUAUCAAGAUCACCCUGCAGUCCAUAAAGUCAUGGGAUCUUUCAUUGACUGGAAAAGCAGACAAAUACAAACAAGCUAUACAGAAGAUGCAUUUGACGCUAAACACUCUGCUUCAACGUCAAAAGAAAGACUCGUAUUCUUUGAGCAACAGCACAAAGCACUCAAGUGUGUGCCGAGCCAAAGCAAAUAGUGAACUGUGGGAUCUGCUCAUGAUUCGCAAAAGAAAAUUAUUGGAACGACUCAAAACUCACAGGGAGCUCAGCUUAAGAUACAAGACUUUCCAGCAAGAACUUAAACAGCAGUUGCAGAUUCAGCAGCAGACGUUGGAGAGCGGAAAUUCUCAGGAGGAACAAACGCCCUCGGCAUCGGGAAUGACUGUGAAAUCGAGUGACUUUGCUCAGGUUCCAAACAGCAUUGUGCAAGUAGAACAACAACAAACCAUGGGAUCAUCUGUGGUCAUUCCAUGUACUUCGGAAAACACGACUGCUCUGCCAAUCACCGAUUAUGCAGUGCAGAGGGACGGAGCUACUAUAGUGCAAGAAGGAAAUACGACUUUUGAUUCUGAGGAUGUGGUUUAUAUCCCCGAUAGUUUGAUCAGCUGCACACAGACAAGCAGCGGCCAGAGUUCAGCAGUGACACAUGAACCCUGUGACAGCCAAGUGCAAAUACUUGCGAAAGGUCUGUCAGCGGGAGCACAAAAUGAAUACGUAUCACAUAUGUCGGUUGUCGGUCUUCAAAACACACCACAGAUUUUAAGUGUUACAAGGCAUCCUACAAUUGAACACGACUACACCCGGCUACGCGGACAGCAAAAAGGAGGCGUAGAACGUCAGGAUGCGGACCUGGAAAUAGAUGUUGGAGCUGCACCGGGAGAGGUCAUCAUGCGGCCAACUGAAAGUCAGACAGAUGUCACGGGAAGCAUUCCGUCGUUUCUCAGUUAUCGACAGCUCGUUCAUCGAGGGGUUUUACAACCCGGGAAAGAUGUUCUCUCCAUUAAUGUGAAGGGCACGGUGCAUUAUGCCACUUUGCUGAUGAAUGGGACAAUCCUCACGCCACAGCUGGCGACGUACAAAUCCCCGAUGCUGUGGCAUAAGGCGCUCUUGGCAAGCAACACCAACCCCAAGUGGAGCGUUACUGCUAGCGUGGUAUUGUACGAGGGAAGAAUGAUGUCAAGUUAUGCUAAACGUGAAAACUACCCAUCCGCACCUCUGGCGAUUCCAAGCAUUGCAGUCGCUGUUUCGACAUCGAAUACACCAAACAUUGCUGCUCGUUUUGCCCAAGAGACACCUGUCCACAGUGAGACUCAGUCUGGCACUAAACCCAGGGAUGUCCCCAUCACUAAAUACUUUAUUUUGCCAUCGCGAGACUGUGACCUCACUGGAUGUGAAGGCUGUCAGAUAUUCACAUAUCCAAAGAAGGUUCUGCUGGUGCAGAAUUCUGAACUCUGUCCCAUGUACUACAUUAACGACCUGUUUAAUAAUCCAGACAACUGGGAUUUCCUAUGCAGCGAAGGAACCAAACACGCUGAUCAUACCUCAACUCAGUCCUCCAGCAGCAUGGAAUGCUCUUAAGUUGCGAGCAAGCACACAAGUAGCGAGCAUGCGGCUCUUUCUUCUUCAAGCACCGGUUCAAUCAGCAGCCAAUGCUGCUAACUAAACAUUUAAUUUAAUUUUACUCCACUAGUCCUCUUCAUCAUCAGCCACGGUUAAUGGACUGCUGGAUGAAGGCCUCCCCAAGCCAAAAUAUGACUCCACUUUGCUCAUCGUAGGCCGUUAUGGUGCCGAGUGUAUUUCAGGGCGUCGGGGAUUUGGGUUGUAAGUGCUGGUGGGCGUGUGAUUCAAUCCAUCUGCUGUUUGUUGCCACCCUCACUGAGUUAAUGAUCAAUCCAGGUGUCUAAUGAACACGAUGAGCUGUCUGCUGUUAGAACGAGUGUGCUAUGAAGUCUGUGCUCUGUAACUGCCGGUCUGUAUGGGGCGUUGGGGCCAGGACCCCACCACAAACCCGAUCGACCAGUUGCCGCUGGCUUUGUUAUUUUUGGGUCAGGUUUGAUGUGAAAAUCUGUUGCUCACACAGAGCAUGACUGUUGUUAAUGCCAGUUCAUUGCAUAUUUAUUUGCAACUGCUCUACAAUGUAAAAGCCACAUGUGUGUAGUUGAUGUGAAAAUGUACUUCUUUGUUCAGAUGGUUAUCAGAGAUCGAUUACAGCUGGGUCUGCCCCAGUUGGCGAUCCAGAAAAUAUUUCCACACCCGUCACACCACAUCCAGUAUACCUUUGACUCUGGCUGUGCCGACUAGCAACAUACCUUACUGGAGUAUACCAGUGAUCCAGAAAUUAUUCAAUUAAAGUAAGCCCUGGUGAAGAGCAUAGUUUGUUGUUAGUGCUUAAAACUUAGUUUAUGCAUUACUGUUUAUUGCUCAGUUUUACAAGUGUUUGCGGUUGGAUGUUGAAACAGAUCAUUAAAGUGCGAUUGAGCAACGUUUUCAAUUCAUUUAUUUUAGUAUAGCCCUGUGAGCCAUUCGGCUCUUGAAUCGGGUGCAACCACAACA